UAAUACGUAUGUAAAUUAUGAUUUAUAGUGCAUAUUAAAGAUAACUUAGCAACUUUGUCUAUGUUUGUUUACGUUGUAUAUUGUAUAUAUAAUAGUCACUGUUUAUGCUUUAUUGUCUCAAUGUAUGUACCCUAUUCACCAAGAUAAAUUCAAUCAGAACCAAUAAAUCUGAUUCUGAAUAGUUACAGAGUUAGUACAAAAGUGUAUUUGCUGAGAACGUGCAGUGUAUUUUCCAAAUAUGUAUUUAAAAUGCUUGAGUAGACAUCUACAGGCCUGCUGUAUGUUGUCUUUGUUUAGAGAAAUGGUGGUAAUUAUCCCUUUUCAAUCUGUCCAAUCUGUCUUUCCGUUCGUUUUCAGAGCAAACACCCCCACAGUCACUACUGAUAGCUCUUUCCCGAUACAGCCAGCGCACAAGUCACAAAACUACAUUAUAGAUGGUGUUGGGAGCUGAAAGUGCCGACAGUAUCGGAGCUGUCCUCAACAGCAAAGAUGAACUGAAGGAGAUCGAGGAGACAAGAGAAACAUGCAGGUCAUCACUUGAUAGCUUGGUUGCACCUUCCAAAAGGAAGGCACAGGCAGAGGGAGAGGACACGGAGGAAGAUGUGGAAGAACAGAAGGAUGAGGUGGAGGUGCAGCAGCUGGAUGAAAGCAACCCAUACGAGGAGGUGUACAAGGACUCCAGUACAUUCCUUAAGGGCACUCAGAGUUUGAACCCUCACAAUGACUACUGUCAGCACUUUGUCGAUACAGGCCACAGGCCACAAAACUUUAUUAGAGAUGUUGGCUUGGCUGACCGAUUUGAAGAAUACCCUAAACUUCGAGAGCUGAUAAGACUGAAAGAUGAACUAAUCUCCACCACCAACACCCCUCCCAUGUAUCUUCAGGCUGACCCAGAGCACUUUGACCUGCAGGAUUUGAAGACAAAGUUUGAUGUAAUUCUGCUUGAGCCUCCGUUGGAGGAAUACUACAGAGAAUCAGGCAUCAGCCACACUGAACGUUUCUGGACCUGGGAUGAUAUCAUGAAACUAGAAAUUGAGGAGAUAUCAGCUCCACGUUCCUUUGUCUUCCUCUGGUGUGGCUCUGGUGAAGGCCUGGACUUGGGCAGAAUGUGUUUGAGAAAGUGGGGCUUCAGACGGUGUGAGGAUAUCUGUUGGAUCAAAACCAACAAGAAUAAUCCAGGCAAGACAAAGGCACUGGACCCAAAAGCAGUCUUCCAGAGGACCAAGGAACACUGCCUAAUGGGAAUUAAAGGAACAGUGCGGAGGAGCACUGACGGUGACUUCAUCCAUGCCAAUGUGGACAUCGAUUUGAUCAUCACUGAGGAGCCCGAGAUGGGUAAUGUGGAGAAGCCUGUGGAGAUCUUCCACAUCAUUGAGCAUUUCUGUUUGGGCCGCAGGAGGUUGCACCUGUUUGGACGAGACUCAACCAUCAGACCAGGCUGGCUGACAGUGGGCCCUACUUUGACAAAUAGUAACUUUAACCCAGAGACCUAUGCCUCACAUUUUGCUUUGCCAAAUAACCACCUAUCUGGCUGCACCGACGAAAUAGAGAGACUGCGGCCCAAGUCGCCCCCUGUUAAGCUGAAGUCGGACCGUGGUGGCGGAGCCCCCAGAGGGGGCCGUGGUGGGCCGAAUGCAGGAAGAGGAGGAGACAGAGGCCGUGAAAGAAACCGACCAAAUUUCCGCGGGGACAGGGGAGGCUUCAGGGGUAGAGGAGGUCCACAUCGGGGUUUUCAACCUCGCUAGAGCAAAGACCUCAUAGCAACCAGACUGAUGCUAUGGAAUCCAAUCUGCCCUGUAUGCAAACACAAGUUUCUCUGUAAUGUAGUUGGAUUAUUGUAUGGUUAGUAUGUGAAAAAUGAGAAGGUGGCGAUUGUGAUCAGUCCUUGAGUCUUGGAAUUUUGUUUUCUUUAUAUUUUUUUAAGAUUGAAUGGGUAAUGUUUGAAUAAACAUUAUUUACCCAUUUUG